CUCACUCGAGGCAUUUUAAUUGAAUUAAGAAAUUUUACAUCAACAUCGUUCAGUUUUAAACUAAACCAGAUAGUCCUAACUAGGACUUAUCAAGAUGGUGGGUAGUAUCUUAGUGCAUGUGACCCACGUAGAUGAUUUUGCCCAUGGCCAGCAAGAGCCAUUUAUACAAUUCUGGGGUGUGACCCAUGAUUGGAGCUUACAUUUCCUCAUGGAAAAUUAUAUUGUCUCUGUUCAAGAUAAGCUGAAAUACAGAGCCCCACCUUUGUCUGUAAAAGAGCUAAACAAUAAGCAGAUUUACUGUGUGCUAAUCAAUGAUCAAUGGCACCGGGCCAAAGUACCAAAACUAAAACUGAGUUUUUCUGGAACAUUGGAAGUUUUCUGCAUUGAUUUUGGAGACACACAUUCAGUUCCUUUGGCAUCUGUGCGCAUUGCAGAUUUUCCUUGAUCUGAGGCAGAGCAUAUUCGAAACUGGCCUCCACUUGCUAGCAAAUUUAAUCUUGCUGACAUAAGUUUCCCAUGUGAAAAAAACAGAUCUGACACUCAAUGGAGUGUGGCAGCUAUGUUUUUUGUGAAGACCCACAUGUUAAACCAUACUUGGAAAGCUGUAAAAGUUGGCACAUAUGAUGGGCACCUAUGUCUGAGGCUCUUUGAUUUUACCUACCAACUGUUUGUCACUACCAUGAUUCAACGUAGAAUGGGCAUUGCUUCAAUGACAUACAACAAGGCUCUAAAAAUGUGUAACUUUAUAAACGAGCAUCCAGCAAAUUUCAAGCCUGUUCUCAACAUUUUGCCGGAAUCUUACAACAUUCCAAAUCUUGCCAAAACAUCGCUGCUUGCAUUUACUAGGAAUCCUUCCGAAAUUCCUGUGCAAGAAGCUUCACCGGCAGUUGUUCGCUUGGAAAACGUACUGAUGGAGACAGCUAUUUCUGGUCAGAAUGAGUCAAAAUCCUCUUUGUCGUAUGCACCGCAAAGAAAGACAUUUGCAGCACAACAAAUUAUUUCCACUACUGCUGUCGCCCCAUUCAUCAAAUCACUUACCGAAUUUUGGGUCCAGCUGGAACCGGAUUUGGUCAGCACCAUAGCGAAACGCAUAAGUAAACUGGCGGAUAAUCCUGAUUUCGUUUGCCGGAAUAAUUUUGUUGCCUCUGCUGGCAAACCUUGCCUGGCUUUGUUUGCAUCAGACGGCUGCUGGUAUCGUGCUCUAAUAGAAGAUGUGAACCACUACGCCAUCACGAUAUGCUACAUUGACUACGGGAAUAGUUGUGUAGUGGAGAAUAGCUGUUUACAAGAACUGCCACUGGAUUUGGUUGAGCAACCACCCUUGGCUUUUAAAUGUUGCCUGAAUGGAGCGGAGCAUUUUUACAAAGAAUUUGCUGAAGCCUUCCAAACCGAUUUAACUCAGCUGUCGGCUUUCAGCGUUAAAUAUUGCAACACCGUCGAUAACACUCUUCAUGUUCGUCUUUACUCCUCUGAUGGUGUUGAGCUUGUACAGCGCCGGUUAUUUAAGUUUCCCUUGAUGCAUGCAGUCCAAAAUUUCAACUUUUCUCCAGAAGAAAUGAUCUCUCGUCUGGCUGUUGCUUCUUACAUAAAAUCCCUUUCCGAAUUUUGGGUUCAGCUGGAACCGAAGACUGUUGGUGCUAUUACGGAACGUCUCGAAAUGCUUGCUCUUCAUCCCGAAUUCAUCAAUCAAAAAAAUUUUAUUGCUUCCGUUGGCAAGCCCUGCCUUGCCUUUUAUCAAGAUGAAGAUUCUUUCUUUCCUGAUGAUGGCCGCUGGAAUCGAGCAGUUGUUGAGGAAGUUAAUGGAGACAAAGCCAGAGUGUACUACUUUGAUUACGGUUACAGUCGCACAGUGAAAAUGAGGCAUUUAAGAAACUUACCGUCCGAUUACACUAAACAGCCGGCACAGGCCUUUAGAUGUUGCCUCGUCGGAGCGGAAUCUAUGUUGGAAGAAGAUGCUGAUUCCUUUGUCAAACGUUUUGUAAAACGUUCUAUUUUCGCAAUCAAAUUUUUAAAGGAAGUCGAUGGAAUCCUACACGUUCGUCUCUUCACGUCGGGUGGGGUUGAUCUUAUCGAAAGACACUACGAACCACAUGUUCUGCCAGAAACUACCGAGAUACCAGUAGAAGAAGUCGUCGAUGAUGUGGUCCCUGGCCCUUUUGCGUUCUUAAUUUUGACUCCAUCAAAAUUAUCAAAAAAAGCUAGGCGUCCGAGAUAAAUGUAAUCCCCAGAACACAAAAAUGCUGUACCUGAAUUUUCGAACUUAACGAAUGGUGCUAUUUUAGAUUUUAUUGGGGAAAAUACCAUUCCCUUUGUUCCCCUGUUGUAAUUUUAUGAAAUUGGAAAACUCGCUUGGCUUUUAUAUUUGCUUUUUAGUGACCACAAAAUUUUAGAUUCUUAUUUUAUUCAGGAAAAGAAACAGCACCUGAUAACAAUGUUACGCUCAAAACAUUAAAAUG